UUAUAAGCGUCACUUAUAUAACCUAAAAAUUAAAUUAAUUUAAAUGAAAAGAAUUAAUAAAUUGUGGAAAUUAAAAAUAAAUAAAAAUACAUAAUUAAGUGCUAAAAAACUACAGUGAAAUUAUAAUUUCCCCCAUUAAACAUGGCGAUUGUUUUAGAAACGACGUUAGGCGAUUUAACAAUCGAUUUAUUUACAACCGAAAGACCGAAAGCUUGUCUAAAUUUUUUAAAGCUAUGUAAAAUGAAAUAUUACAAUUUUAAUUUAUUUCAUACAGUACAACAUGAUUUCCUUGCACAAACCGGGGAUCCAACCGGUUCAGGAACGGGUGGUGAAUCCAUUUGGGGUGUGAUUGAUGGACCGCUAAAACGUUAUUUUGAGGGUGAAGAACAACCAAAAAUUCGUCAUACAAAUGUUGGAACUGUUUCAUUAGUCGGUUCACGAAAUAAUAUGUUAGGAUCACAAUUUUUUAUCACUUUAGCACCAGAUUUGGUGUCUUUGGAUGGUAAGCAUUGUGUGAUUGGUGAGGUGACUGAAGGAUUGGAUAUUCUUCGAAAAAUUAACGAAGCUAUUUGUGAUGAAGAAUUUCGACCGUAUCAAGAUAUACGAAUCACACAUACAGUUAUCUUAGAAGAUCCUUUCCCGAAUCCAGAACGAUUUAUCGAACCGGAUCAAUCACCGGAACCAACAGCGGAACGUUUACAAGGUGGGCGUAUUGGAGCUGACGAAGAAAUCGAUGAAACUGUAGGGAAAACAACUCAAGAACUAGCUGAAAUGGCCGCAGAGCGUGAAGCUAAAGCGCGUGCGACUAUCUUGGAAAUGGUUGGUGAUAUCCCCGAUGCAGAAAUGGCACCGCCUGAGAAUGUACUCUUCGUCUGUAAGCUGAAUCCUGUAACCACUGACGACGAUCUUGAAAUAAUUUUCAGUCGAUUUGGAAAGAUUAAAUCAUGUGAAGUAAUCCGGGAUAAACAAACAGGGGAUUCAUUACAAUAUGCGUUCGUUGAAUUCGAGGAUAAAAAAGCAUGUGAGGAUGCAUAUUUUAAAAUGGAUAAUGUUUUAAUCGAUGAUCGACGCAUUCAUGUCGAUUUCUCACAAAGUGUGGCCAAAGUCCGUUGGAUGGGUAAAGGACGUGGAGUUAAAUACCUCGCAGAUGAUAAUCAGAAAAUUAAUAAAGAUAUUGCGAACGGUAUUUACAAGGAGACGUGUUUAACGAAAGCCAGUAAAAAGCGUCUUAAGGAAGAAACAGAUAAACGUGCUCGAGAGGACAAGCAUUCGAAACGUAAAGAUUAUUAUCGUAAAGAUUAUCGUGAACAUUACGAUUCAUAUCGUAACAAUUCCACAUAUAGACACUACGAUCGUCGUGGGGGCUACUAUAAUAAGAAUAAUUGGCACAAUUCAUAUUCUUCACGUUAUAAGAAUUACAAUCGUCGAGGUGGUGGUGGGGAUUCACGAUACAAUCGUCAAUAUUCAACCGAUAAUUAUUAUAAUCGUAAUCGUGGCUAUCAAGAUCGUUCAAAACGGCAUUACGAUGAUAAUCAUUCCGAUCGUAAUCGUAAACGUAGUGGAUAUUACGAUUCAUCCGAUGAUGAUCGUAAAACACGAGGACGUGACGCAGACCAUUUCGAUAAACCACGUGGAAAACGUAAUUAUUCUGAAAGCUCUGAAGAUGAUGCUGAUAAAAAAUAUCGAAAAGAACGUAGUUAUGAUGAUAAGAAAGAUCAUUCGAUGUCAGAUGCAUCAGAUGAUGGCCAUCAUCAGAAAUACUCGAAAAAGAGUGACAAAAAAUUUAAAAAAGGUUCAUCAGAGGAUUCUGAUUCAAGGAGUACGCAUUCAAGUGUGAACAGUGACCAUGGAUCGAAAAAGAAACACAAAUAUAGCAAAUAUAAGAAAUCAACGAAGAAACAUUCAUCAGAUGACGAACAUACAAGAAGUAGUGACGCACCAGGUGGUGCAGGUGGUGGGGCGAGUAGUGAUGAUGAUGGACGAAGGAAAAAACAUAAAAAUAAAUAUUAAUUUAAUGUAUAAUUAAUUAAAACUUAAUUAUUAAUUAAUAAUUCCAAGUGUAUAUGUACAUAUUUUCAUGUAUAUAUAUUUUUUAAUUUUUUUUUUUUUUUGAACAAAAAUAUAAGUCGUAUAUGGCUUAGGGAUCAGGGAGUCUUAUCACGCUCUUAGAAACAGGUUUAGAUAUUAGAAUAUCAAGGCCAACUCCACCAAUGUCCAUUAAUUAAGGGGUAAUAUCCAUGUAGACUGUUUUUUGCAUCCCUCGUCCUAUGCAGAUUUAAAUUUCGAAGGUCCAAUGCAAAAAAAUCAAUUCAGGAGAGACAAUUAUAGAUGAUUUAGCUCGAAUGUCAUUUUUUCAAUUUUCAAUCGCUAAUUUUCGAAUCUAUAAAUGAAUUUUACAAAGCCUCGAACGUAUCUUUUUAAAGAAAACAUUGCAAUUUUUAAUCUUGUAUCUAUAUUAUAUGGGGUAACUUUAGUUAGCAUAUGUUUUUUAUCCUGACGACUGUUCCCUCAUAAUUUUUAAACUACUUUUCAUAAUUUCCAAAUGAGGUGUCAUUGAAAUCGUCUUGAUCGUUCGCUGGUUAUACGCCAUGUGACGUCACAAUAAAUUGAAUAUGGCGCCGAUUAGAAGACAUAAAGUAAUGAAAAAAUAAUUAUUUUUUAUUUAAUGAAACCAUGUUAGAUAUCAAAUGAAAGGGCGUAAUUUGCACUUUCCAAAUAU